UCCUGCGCACCGUGGGGACAGGAUGGUUAGGACCAAUGGGACCAUCAGCUUCUGAGGCAAGCCUCUGGCGCCUCUCCUGCUUCUGGUUCCCCGAGGCGCUCAGGAUGCUCCGAGGGACUGGAAAGUGACAGCUUGGACGACGACACAGAGCCCUUGAAGCAGCUUUGAGGCUGCUGGGCUGGGGGAUUCCUGUGAGAAGUGUCUACCCCAGGAGUCUCUCUCAUAGCAGCCUUGCGUCGUCCGCGGGGGAGGUGGGGGGCGCUAGGCUCACAGGCAGGAGUCCCUCCUGGAGCGAGCGGAUUCGGGGAGUUCCGGGAGCCGAAGCUGAGUAUCUUGGAACAGAGGGAGGCGAAGAAGGAUGUGCAGGAGCUGAGCUUUUGGGGGACCCCAGGAAGACGUACUUGAAGCCGAGCGGCUGACCCUUUCCUGGGACCCACGCUCAAGUGCAUCUGCAGAGGUUCAAAAGAGGUACGACAACCCGGGAUUUCUGCAGUGGUGGCUGAGCAGCCCGGUGGCUGGGCUUGUGUCCUGAGACUCAGGGCGGGAAGAGACAGAUCAGUGCCGGGGUGCUCCUGUAGACACCUGGACGGCGCAUCGGGCCCCGCCCCGCGCUCCACGCUUUAAAGAGCAGCAAGACCGGGCGCUCCGUCGCGGUCGCGGUCGCGGUCUCGGUCGCGGUCACGGUCAUGGAGGGCACGCCCGCAGCCAACUGGAGCAUCGAGUUGGACCUCGGGAGUGGAGUGCCGCCCGGGGUGGAGGGGAACCUUACGGCCGGGCCGCCGCGGCGCAACGAGGCCCUGGCGCGCGUGGAGGUGGCGGUGCUGUGCCUCAUUCUGUUCCUGGCGCUGAGCGGCAACGCGUGCGUGCUGCUGGCGCUGCGCACCACGCGCCACAAGCACUCGCGCCUCUUCUUUUUCAUGAAGCACCUGAGCAUCGCCGACCUGGUGGUGGCUGUGUUCCAGGUGCUCCCGCAGCUGCUGUGGGACAUCACCUUCCGCUUCUACGGGCCCGACCUGCUGUGUCGUCUGGUCAAAUACUUGCAGGUGGUGGGCAUGUUCGCCUCCACCUACCUGCUGCUGCUCAUGUCGCUCGACCGCUGCCUGGCCAUCUGCCAGCCGCUGCGCUCGCUGCGCCGCCGAACCGACCGCCUGGCGGUGCUGGCGACGUGGCUCGGCUGCCUGGUGGCCAGCGCGCCGCAGGUGCACAUUUUCUCGCUGCGCGAAGUGGCGGACGGCGUCUUUGACUGCUGGGCUGAGUUCAUCCAGCCCUGGGGACCCAAGGCUUACGUCACGUGGAUCACGCUCGCCGUCUACAUUGUGCCUGUCAUCGUGCUGGCCGCCUGCUAUGGCCUCAUCAGCUUCAAGAUCUGGCAGAACUUGCGACUCAAGACGGCUGCGGCUGCGGCGGAGGCCGAGGGGACUGAAGGAUCUGGGGCCGGUGGAGCUGGGCGCGCGGCGCUGGCUCGGGUCAGCAGCGUCAAGCUCAUCUCCAAGGCGAAGAUCCGCACAGUGAAGAUGACCUUUAUCAUCGUACUGGCCUUCAUCGUGUGCUGGACGCCUUUCUUCUUCGUGCAGAUGUGGAGCGUCUGGGACGUCAAUGCGCCCAAGGAAGCUUCUGCCUUCAUCAUCGCCAUGCUCUUGGCCAGCCUCAACAGCUGCUGCAACCCUUGGAUCUACAUGCUCUUCACGGGCCACCUCUUCCACGAACUUGUGCAACGCUUCCUCUGCUGCUCUGCCCGUUACCUGAAGGGCAGCCGGCCUGGAGAGACAAGCGUCAGCAAGAAGAGCAACUCAUCUACCUUUGUCCUGAGUCGCCGCAGCUCCAGCCAGAGGAGCUGCUCUCAGCCAUCUUCAGCGUGAGCCCACCACUCCAGCCAGCGGCAGGGGUUAUGCGGACUCCGGUCUGCCCCCUGGUGGCCGUGCAUGGAGCUGUAUAAGGUGCCUAUUGGUGUGUCCUUCUAUUCCUUGAGGUGGCUAGAGCGUGGGGCAUAUUCUGUCUUGGGGUUGGGGAAAUGUCUCUAUGGGAGAUGACAGAGUCACUCAGCCAUCAGAAGGUUGCCUGGGCUCCCACCUGUGCUUCUAUUACCCCAACCGGAAUGCUCCUGGGUGGCGGGUGGGCUCUCCUGAACCUGGCUUUCAUUCCAUUAUUAUGAUUAUGUUUUUACUUGUUUAUCCUGGGAUCUUGUGAAAGGCAGUAAGCCACGGAUUGGUGACCAGUGGGCUGGGACAAGGAAUGGGAAAUGAGGCCUCAGAUGCAGAGUGGUGCUGACUUCCUCGUGACCCAAGUUGUGUGGACAGAUCUUAGCAUCCUCAGGGACCAGUUUGUCGCAGGAAAACACUGGGAAGUGGAGACUGAACUGGGAGGCCACCUGGCUCAGGAAGGCAAUGAGAACAUGGGCUGAAAUGCUGAAGAGGCUGAUGCUUGAUAAACAUUUGGGAAAGAAAAAUAAAUGAGAGCCCUCCAGGACAGACAGGACUGGGGAGAACUGUUUGUACAUGACACUGACCCGUUCAUUUGAGACACUAAGGAACACACAUGCAGGUAGCCCGUCCCCUCUCCCAACUCUGGAGCUGACAGAUGUCAGCUCCAGUGCCUGGUCAAUGUAGAAAACUCAUUCAUAUUUCCUUAGACUUCUGGUGAACCAUGGGAAAGUUAACCUAAGAGAUUCCAUCCUUAAAUGUGCCAGAGUGAAUAAGGGAGAGCCAGGGUUAACAGAGGUAAUGUACGACUUGUGCCCCAGAAGCUGCAAAUACCACAGAAGGAAAUUAAAGGAGACUAAAUAAACGGGGACACCUCAUGCUGAUGGAUCAGAGAUGUAAUAUUGUUGGACAGAUGUGAUGUAAUCCUCAUCAAAAUCCCAGCUGGCUUCUGCAAAAAUUGAUAAACUGAUCCCAAAAUUCCUAAGGAAAUGGAAAUUGAGGUGGUUAACAUGCUUUGAAAUGUGUGGUGGGUGCACAAUUUUGAGAGCAUAUUAAAAAUCACUGAACCAGGGGCUGAGGAGACGGCUCACUUAGAGCAGUAUCUGCUGAGCAAGGAUGAGAUGCCCAUCAUCCGUGCAGAAGCCAGGUUCAGUGGCAGGUGUUUGUAACCUCAGCCCUGGGGGGUGAAGACACAUGGAUCCUAGAGACUUGCUGACCAGCCAGCCUAGGAGACUGAUCAACUUUGGGUCCAGGAAAAGACUCUCUCUCAAAAUAAAUAAGUCAAUAAAAAAUAAGAAAGAGAGUGACAGAGGAAGACAUCUGAAGUCAACCUUUAGUUUCUAUAGGUACAUAUGGAUGUACAACACACACACACUCACAUGCAAGCAGACACACACACACACAAUCACUAAACUAUAUAUAUUUAAAAAUGUGAGAAAAAGAAGUUCAUGCACUGAGUUCUGGGAACACCAAAAUGAUGGGUGAAUUUCUUAGUUUCUCUUUCUCGAGUACUGUUUCUCUUGUGACUUACCACCUCAAAGUGUCUACAGCAGAGGCUGGCUCUAUUCUGGCCAGGGAAAGUGGUAUCACUCCCAUCUGCCUUUAACAAAGGCCCAAGGGAUGCUCUGCAGCUGCUGUGUCUCAUCUUCUUUAGAACAGCAAUUCCCCAGGAGUCUCAAAGGUUUUGUUUAUCCAGUAAGUAUGAUUUCAAAUGUUCUCUCAGCCUUGAGGGCAGGAUACAACUCUGUCUCAGAAAUACCUUCAGUCAUUAAUACAGGACACAAUUGACUAGUGGUUUUCUGUCUGUGGCUGGUCACUAUGCACUCUGGAGCAUCUUUGAAAUACCCAGACCUAAUUAUGGACUUACUGAGAUAUAUCAAGGGUACUUCCAAAAAGCCUCGAAUCUGCAGAUCCACUUUACCACACUCCCAUUUCUGAACACAUUUUUCUUCUGCCACAUUGCAUUAUUUGCCCAAACACACACACAUAUCCACAUGCACACAUAAGUUUGAGCUAGCACAGUCUGGUGUUCAGGGAGGAGGGAGCCGUGUGCUGCAGUGCCUAUGUUCAACAUCUGCAAUUAUAGGCAAGCUACUUGGCACCAGGUGGAGACAGGAGGCGAUGUCAUCUUUGGACUCAGAGGCAUUGCACAGUGGUCCACCUCAUGCAUGCAGCGUUACCACUAGCCAGUUCUUUGAGAAGCCAGCAGGAUUCUGCUUUGGGGCGUUUGUGCCCAUGUUCUAGACCACCCAGGUAGCCUGGGUGCACACUGGCAGUAGGGUGGGGGGGUCUGUUAGCAUCUGCAUUUUGAAGAUGUCCUUUGUCCUUGCUGUUCACUGAGAAGCUGCCCUCCUUAGAGCCAACAGGUGUCACCAGGGGUCAAAGGAACAGUAACUCAGAUAUUCUGACCAGGGGCACAGUGUUCCUGGGAUCCCCAGAGGUGUAAGGCUCCGGACAUUGAAACCUCCUGGGGUGCUGUGUCAUUCUGUGUGGAAUCUCUAGCUGGUACCUGGGGUCUUGUUAUGGUCCUGACACCUGUGUCUAUGACAUAGGCAAUGAUUGACUUCAUCAGGAACAUUGGAUUGGCACCUCCCGUCCCAAUCCCAUAGGGGAAUAUUUUCACCAAUUCUUGUUAUUUUUCCAAUCAAAGCCUAGCAUCUCUAGGGGUCUCAAACACCCCCCCAAUCCUGUGUCCUAUGUCCUCCUUCUUCAGGCCCCACCCCUGACAUCCCCAAUGUCCCUUCCUGUUUACAAUCUGUGUUCAGGGCUGGAGGUUGUAUUAAACUGGAGCAUGAAUAUUCUGGAAUGUUUCAUUGUUCUGACCAUGAGGAGUCAGUGUGCAAACUGUGAGAGUUAUUUAGGCCCUGCAAAAAAAAAAAAUCUACACUUAAAAAUCUGUGGUCUCCUUUUGGUACAAAUCAGAGUCAUCCAUUCCGGAAGCACAAAGGGAUGUCUGUGCAGCCUGCCUGGAUGAUGAUCCUGGCUUCGGCAUGUAACUGUUCUGUAUUCAAUUGCAAUGAGAUGCCACUUAGCGCACAGUGUGAAUUCCUUGGUAUUCUUCUUCCAUGGACUUUGUGUGGUGCCUCCAUGUCCCCGCAUCUGGUGAGUGAUGUGGUCAAUCCUGCUUUACCAGCUGCUUCAUAAAAGGUGCACUUAAUAAACAUUUUUUUCCUGUA